GGUCUAUGAUCAAAUGCCUGAGCCAAGGUGGGUUAUUUCGAUGGGAAGCUGUGCAAAUGGUGGAGGAUACUACCAUUACUCAUACUCCGUUGUGCGAGGCUGUGACAGGAUCGUGCCAGUUGACAUUUAUGUUCCAGGAUGCCCACCUACUGCCGAGGCCCUCCUUUAUGGAAUUCUCCAACUGCAGAAGAAGAUCAAUAGGCGCAAGGAUUUCCUGAUGUGGUGGACCAAAUAAGAGCAGUUAUAUUUCCGUUUUCUUGGCUAUUCUCCUGUGGAAAUAAACACUUGGCCAAGAGCCAUGCGAGGGGAGAGAUCUUCUGACUGUCAUUUUAUCAUAUCUUGAACCUUUUGUAUUUGUUUUGUCUGCUGACAUUUAGUGUGGUAUUGUGCAAACUGUCCCCGAUUUGUUUGGGAACCAGCUUAAAUGAAAGUGCGAAGUUGUUAUUUCAUAGA